CCGUGCUCUAAUUGGUCAAUAGAUAUAACUUUCGACCAAUCAGGGACCACUUCUUUGUUAACGAGGAAAAACACUUGCAACAAGCUAACGGCGUGAUCAAGAAGAAACCUGGAAGGACCACCAUGGGAGUGUUAUCCACGCUUAUGAGGGGUCUGGUUAGAGGCGCAGACAGGAUGUCUGAGUUCACCAGCAAACGCGGCCCAAGAUCCCACAAUAAAGGACGAGGCGCUCGGCCCUCUGGACGGAAGCUGCCCAGCGGAAAGUUUGUCAGCGUCCAUGAGAUGAUCCCAGAGUUUGUGGUGCCCAGUUUGGAGAAUUUUAAACUCAAGCCUUACGUAUCAUACCGUUCACCAAGAGGAACAGAACCACCCGUCACUGCACAGAGCUUAUUUAAUGAAGCUGUGGCUCCCCAGAUCAAGAAAGACUUUGAGGAGGACACUUUCAGCAAAGAUCAGCUGGAGAAGUAUGGAUUUGAGCCAUCCCAGCAAGGGAAACUCUUCAAGCUGUACCCCAAGAACUAUGUGCGUUAGAGAUGGAGUCUGACAACCCCCAGAAGGAUCAUGAGAUGAGCUGAACUUCUAAAAGGCAGCUCAGUUAAACAGUUCAUUACCAGAUGUUCUGGACAUGAGGCAGAACUGUGUGUACAACCCACAUGUGAGCAGGGUUCCAUUUACACCUUUAAGUGCUCUAUAAGAACACAUUGACCCAUGUGUCAUGUUGAGCUCAUGCAUCAUAAGAAACACAAAUAUUGAAUGUUCGUCAAGUGGUUUUAUUUUGUGGAAGGAAAUAAAACUGUUCAUCUAAAUUUUCUAAUGUUUAAGAAUAAUUACAAGGCCCAGUAUUUCUUGAAGGAUGCACAUCGCCUGCUGCUUUUCAUGGCAGACUUUUAAACCGAGAUGAUCUGAUGAUAAAUGAUGAGCUUAUGCAGUUUUGACCAAAACUUGGAAUAAUGUUGAGCACAAUCUGUCAGCCCUUUUCUGUGUAAUAAACAAGGAUUUUCAGCUACUACCAGACUUGUACAAACUGAGUUCUAUCCAUUUUCAUGUUUGCUACAGCGAGUUAACUGGCAGCCAUCUUCAGUAGGUUUGACUCCAAAACUGAAUCACUUGUAGACGUUCAUCUAAUGAAUACCCGGGUUUGAUUAAAAUAAAGACUGUCACAUUCACAAAUUUUACUGGGUGAUUAA